UUUCUCGCCCCCUAGAUCCUAGGCCUUUCCCGAGGCCGAUGUUUUGUCUCCGCCGUCUGAUGUUAGAGUGGCUAGGCCGAUUCGCAGCUGAUCCUGAGUCAAUACCACGAUUAUUCGAUGAGUCCAGAUUCAACUGCCCCUCACCUUCAACCACGGGGACUACGAGAGCCGCCCAACGCCUCUGGUGUGUAUAUCUAUGCCAGUGAGCGUGCACGGUGGUCGUCCACCCUUUCGGCCCAACUGCCAUGGACACUGUUCACAUCGUGAUCUCACCGAGCCAAACGGUCGAAACAACAACUCAAACGGCAACACCAAGUUGACCCAAUGAGUAACGUUCCCAACCGGCGUCCCCGCCUGGCCCCGUCUGUCUCUACGCCUGAUAUUUUCUGCCGGCCCAUGGAUCCCGCCCCUGCACCGUUGGUGUACAUCAACGGCUGGAAUGGCGUCGGGAAGGAGACGGUAGCCGAGUACCUGACGCUUCUCCUCGGCAGCGAGAAUUCACUACUCGUCGACGUCCGCAGUGUUGGCCGGGAGGCCGCCAGCAGCAGCAAUUGUUGCGGCAUCAACCGCACCGCCUCCAAACACAAGCACCAACGCCGGCACGAGCACCACCCGCUCUUGACUCCCGAACAUCCGCGCUACUUCUCUUCCGACGUCGACUCCUCCAUCCACGACCUCAGCCCCCUACCCUCACCCUCCUUCUCAUCCACUUCCUUCUCGCCCCCCUCCUUCUCAUCCCCCUCCUUCUUAUCCCCCUCCUUCUCAUCCUCCUCCUCCUACUCACCAACCAUCUCCCGCUCCGGCUCCAUCUCCUCCGCCUCCACCGCCUCCACAGCCGCCACCUCCACCUCCACCACCUCCGCAACCCCCACCGCCCUCAAACCCACCCCCCCAACAACAACAACAACAAUAGCAACCACCAUCCCCCCCUCCCCAACAGCAACCACAACACCAGCCCCCGCCCCCGCCCCACCCUGCAGCAGCGAGAACCUCACCGCCCUACUCACCCGCCCCCGCAACGGCGCCCGCAUCGCCGUGCUGCCCGCCUGCUGCCCGGAUACUGCGGCGGGGCGCGCCGCCCUGCACACCUUCGAGGAGGCGGCCGCCCGCGCGGGGCGUCUGUUUGUCGGGGUCGUGCUGUGCUGUGCGGACGGCGGCGGCGGCGGGGGCGCGGCUUGCGGGGGCCGGAGGGCGGGCGGGGGUGGGAGUGGGGGUGGCGGUCGAGGUGGUGGAGGGUUUGGUGGUUUUGGUGGUGGUGGUGGUGGUGGUGUUGGUGGUGUGGGUGGUGUGGGUAUGGGGAGGGCUGUUGGUGGCGCCCCGAGGAGGAGGGUCGCUAGUGUCGGGGGGUUGGACUCGGUGCUGCUGUCGUCGGCGUCGGCGUCGGCGUCGGCGUCGUCUGGGUGGUCAAAAGAGGAGGGGGGCGGGGGUGGGGUGGGGAGUGAGGAUGGCGGUCGUGCUGAUGGUGGUGAUGGUGGUCACGGAGAGGGAGGAGGGAGACAGCCGACGGGUGCGUCUAUUAUAGGACGGGGUGCGGGAGGGUACGGGGAGGCGAGGGGGAGGGCGUUCAGUCUGUACGGUCCUGGAACCCAAGUCGGUGGCGGAGCUGGGCCUGGGACGGGCAUGGGGUCGUGCUGGGCUCGGGGCGGCGGGUCGGAGCUUGGCCUGGCGAGGCCUACGAAGGCUGGGCUGACCGUUGAUGCCUCAUGUUUGCCGCCAUUUGAGGUGGCGUUGGAGAUUAUCGCGUUCGUGAAGGGGCUACAGGCAGAGAGGGAUGCUGAGCUAUGCAGCAGUGCCUGUAGCGUUGCCACGACGCCCGGGGAAGGGCUGGAGAGUGAGGGGAAGCUGGAAGCGCCGGGAGUGCCCGAAGGGAAGUGAGGGUGAGGUCUUAUACCAGAGUGGCUGGCGCAGUCUCUCGGCCCCCCUCCUCAGCAGGGCUGUCCCGAGGGGACAGGCACGGGCUAAGGGCGGUACAGAUUAUAUCUUGGCCUCCGCGAUGUGGCCCCGAGACCAACGAGCCACGCCGCGCGCCUAACGGGUUCUAUUGGUUUCCCCUCACCGACUAAGAAGCGAGACCAACCAGAUCUGAGCGAGCCACACCGGUCACGAAGCCACACCG